UCGACAAACAAUAACACGAUUGUGUAAGUGUCCAACCGACUGAGCGCACAGAAAAACACCGUUUGUGUUGUUUUAUCUGCUUUUUCUGGUCCACUGCAGACAUGGUUCUUCUGCAGGUGUGUUCUUCAACCAGCAGACGGGUUCUCCUGAAUGGUCGAGCUCUAGAGUCGGUAUUAUCAGGAUGUUCACGGGCAGCCAGCGGAGCGGCAACCAGCAAAGAGCCACUGAAGAAAGCUAAAACCCCACAGGGUCGAUUCGACAGCCCUGAGGAGAAACAGAAAGAUGUUCUAGAAAAAUUCCCGGAUGAUGUAAACCCCAUAACCAAAGAGAAAGGGGGUCCUCGGGGCCCAGAGCCAACCCGCUAUGGAGACUGGGAGAGAAAGGGCCGCUGUGUUGACUUUUAGUUCGUUGUCGGUGAAGAGCCAUUAUUUAGUCACUGAUUGUUCUUGUUCAAUCUUAGUUUCUGAUUACAAAGUGAGAAUAAGACAAAGAUCCAUUCUGUGUUUCUGGCUUCACUUACAGAGAACAGAGGCAGUUAUAAGCAUCAUUUGGUGGUAUAACCAUCUCUAUUCACACAGUUUAACUGAAGUUUAUCUUGGCUCUCAUCUUGCCAGUGUUGACAUUGUAAACAAGACCAUUUAAACGAUCACAGAAACACGUGGAUGGUUUGCACAUGAUGAUGUUCGGUUGCAUGUGAGAGUGAGAUUCUGAGAGCUGGUCCUGUAGAUCUUCUGUGUUUGGUUCAUGAGUAUGAAUGAUAAAGUUAAUAAAAGGAGGGAUUAUUGUAUGUUCAUGA